UUUUGUUUACAAGUUGACAAGUUGAUCAAAUCUUAACGUUAACUUUUCGUUGCUACAAUUAAUUGUUUACUUUACGAUUAAACGAUUGAUUGUAUUUAAAAUUUAAAUUCUAAUUUUCAUCCCAAUUGUCAUUGGUUAAUUAGAGAAGUGAUUGUUUUGUAGUGUCAUUGAAGAGAAAUGGGUAAACGAGGCGUUCUAAUGGUUUGUCUUGGUAACAUUUGCCGAUCACCAAUUUCUGAAGCUGUUUUUCAACAUGUUGUUAAGGAACGAGGAUUAGAGGAUAAAUGGUUUGUUGAUUCAGCGGCAACUUCUAAUGAACACACUGGAUCACCACCCGACCGCCGAGCAACUGCAUGUAUUAAACGCCAUGGAAUUGAGUAUAAGCAUAAAUGCCGUCAAUUGUGUAAAGAUGAUUAUAAAAAAUUCCAUUUCAUCUUUGGUAUGGAUAAAUCAAAUUUACAAGACAUUAAAAGAAAAGCUCCAGCCGAUGGUACAGCGGAAAUUGGUCUUCUAGGCGAUUAUCAUCCAGACGGUAAAACAAUUAUUCAUGAUCCAUGGUACGAUUCAGAUGACAAAGGAUUCGAAGAGUGUUACGAGAAAGCAUUGGCCUCAGUAAAUGCGUUUCUUGAUUCACACCAAUAGAAGACAAAUUCCUUUUGAUAAUCGUUGUUAAUUCUCUCUCAAGGUAGUAAUCUUAAUCAACUGAAUAAUAGCGAUAGUUCAUCUGUUUGAAUGGACAAUCAUCUUAUUUUAUUAUGAGUGUUUCUUCAAAAUCUCAAAUUUCUAAUAUUACAAAUUUUGAGUAGAACGGAAAUUAAACUCAAUUGGAGACAUUGUAUUCAUUUUAAUUGUUUAAAAUGUAUUAAAAUGUGGAAAUAAAAACAAUCAUCGAUGGGAGAA